CCUACCCAUCCAUUGAUCUAUCCAUCACGGUCGCCCACAGCAGACCUCCCCAGCAUUGUGGGUGGAUUCCUUGCUUCGUUUGUGACUUCCCUCUCACUUACUCUGCAAAUCCCCUGGAAUCUGUUCUCGACGUCUAUCCCACUGUCUCGUGCCCAUAGCAUCUGGCUGACCGCUGCAUUUAUUGCAUGUGCUUGCUGUCUAGAGCUUCCAAAGACCGAUUCCUACUCGGUCAACCUGCCUUUCUUGCCUACUGCCAUCUCUCCAUUCAUGAUUCAUGUUGAGCCAAGCGGACAAACACACUGUAAUCAGUUGUGACGGUAUUGAGUCCCCAUCAUUCGGAACACCGAAUCCAGUCCGUGGGGUGUUUGAUUAAUUACCACAUCGGAUAUCUGGUAGAGGACAGAUAUAGUAUUUUAGUAGCAAGGCCUUGGCGGGUCGGUAAUGGUCAUGGCUUUCCAGGGCCCGCGGAGCGAUCCCUCUUUUCCCUCUCAGCAACAACCAUUCGAGAACAAUUACUGGCGUGCGAGUCGAAGCCCCGGGUCCAACGGGUUGCCGGGAUAUGGGUUUUCGCCAUCUGCCACCACCACCACCAUCAAUCUGAACACUCCGAUCGCCGGCGAUCGCACGCUCCCGAUGUAUAAAGACAAGCCGUAUUUUGCCCCGCGGCGCACAGGGCCCCGUACAAGGCGGAGAAAGACCAUAUAUGGCGGCUUGUGUUUGCUUGCGCUUUUCCUCUGGUGGUACUACUCGGGUUCAAGCCGGCCGCAGUUGAGCACUCCCGACUCGGCCAGAGGCGAGGAGCUUUGGAAGUGGCUGCAAACCUUCGACGACUCCGAGCCGACAUAUGAUGGGAGCAGCACAACCUCAAAGCAUAUUGAUUGGGAUUCGAGGCGGGAAAAGGUCCGCGACGCGUUCAUUGUCAGUUGGGACGGGUAUGAAAGUAAUGCUUGGGGUUACGACGAAUAUCACCCGAUUGCGAAGGAUGGCCGACAUAUGGUCGCGGGGGGUAUGGGUUGGAUAAUUGUUGAUGCGCUGGAUACGCUGAUGAUUAUGAAUUUGACAUCGCGGGUGCAGCACGCCCGCAGCUGGAUCCAUAACUCAUUGCAGUAUAACCAAAACCACGAUGUGAACACCUUCGAAACUACUAUUCGCAUGCUGGGCGGUCUUCUCUCCGCCCAUUAUCUCUCUACUACGUACCCGGAUCUUGCGCCCAUCAACGACGACGAUGCAGGCGCACCAGGAGAGGAUUUGUAUAUUGAGAAAGCGACCGACCUAGCCGACCGGCUCCUGGGCGCUUUUGAAUCUACCACAGGCAUCCCCUACUCGAGUGUGAACCUCAAUACCUCGACGGGCAUCCCCUCUUAUAUCGACGAUGGCGCCGCCUCCACGGCCGAAGCGACCACUGUUCAGCUAGAGUUCAAGUACCUAGCUAAGUUGACGGGCGAGGCGGAGUAUUGGCGCUCCGUGGAAAAAGUUAUGGAAGUGAUUGACGCACAGAAAAUGAAGGGUGGGUUGCUUCCCAUCUACGUCUUCCCCGAGACUGGCCAGUUCAAGGGUGAGAACAUCCGCCUCGGUAGCAGAGGCGACUCCUACUACGAAUAUCUUAUCAAGCAGUACCUGCAAACGUCGGAACAGGAGCCAAUCUACAAGGAGAUGUGGGAUGAAGCCCUAGUCGGCAUGCGCAAGUACCUGCUUACUUAUUCGCAAAACGCCCGGUUGACGGUGCUCGGUGAACGGCCUCACGGCCUAGAUGGCAUCUUGUCUCCCAAGAUGGAUCACCUGGUUUGCUUCCUCCCAGGUACGAUCGCUCUCGGUGCGACCGGAGGACGGCCGCUCUCCGAGGCACGCAAAUCUCCAAGCUGGGGCCAACGGCAGGAGGAGGAAAUGCGCCUGGCGCGGGAACUGACCAAAACUUGCUGGGCCACGUACCUGGUCACAGAAACUGGCCUUGCCCCUGAAAUCACGUAUUUCAAGGUCGACGACCCACGGGUUAUGGAAGCCGAUAUGUACCCGGAUUCGACGGCUGUCACCGGCAGGAAUGACCAGACACCAUCAUCGCAAGGUGACCUUCCUCUUUUUUCAAAGCCCUUAUACCCGAUUCCCGCAGCAUCCGAUCCAAGCGACUCGUCCACUAGAACCUGGCUAGAUGACCUCGAAAUCCAGCGAAUGGACCGUCAUAACCUUCAGCGGCCCGAGACUGUUGAAUCCCUCUUCUACAUGUACCGAAUCACCGGAGAUGAUACCUACCGACACUGGGGCUGGGAGAUGUUCAAGUCUUUCGUCAAACACACCGCUGUCGUGGAGACAGGCCGUCGCGAUACUGAAACAGGAGAAGGAUCCCCGGUCCCUGGCGGAUCGAGCCGCAUCACGGGAUUUACUUCUCUUUCGAACGCAAAGACCCUCCCUACUACCACCAGGGACAAUAUGGAAAGCUUCUGGAUGGCAGAGACUCUCAAAUACUUCUACCUGCUGUUCUCCGAUCGAGAGUUCAUCUCGUUGGAGGACAAUGUUUUCAACACCGAGGCGCAUCCUUUGCCUCGUUUUAAGCCCACCGGAGAGUUGAAUACAGGGUGGACGAGGAAGAGUCGGACGGAGGAGAGACAGACCAUGGAGCAUUUAGCUCAGAUGUAA